GAUCGACGCAACAGAUAUUUCGCCUGAGAUUUCUGUUUCCUCCUCGCCGGCGAAUCAACUUGCCGCGCAUCGUAUUUUCCAAGGGAUUUCUGGAGGGCGUGAAGCUCGGCCUAUACAUCGGUGUUCCACUCUUUCUUAUGAGCUUCGCUGCCGACACCAAGUUCAUGAAGAAAUUAACCGGCAAGGAAAUGCAGUGAGAUUACACAGUGCAUCCGCCAGAGGCAGAGAGGCCUCAAUCCCCAGAGUAACUCAGAGAAAUGGCCAGACAAUUAGCUCGAGACAGGAAAGUUCAGUGUUGCUGCUAGCAUGCUGCAGUGGUAGCCACAUUUGAUGCCUGCAGGAAAGCAGAAAAAUGGAAUGUUAUGAUUGAUUAGCUCAGGAAGGAGGAGCAGCGCUGCUCCUCGCCCUCCGGUACAUUGUGAAUGAUAUGGUAGGAAAGAAAUCCCCUCCGUCGAAACAUUACAAUAACAAAGAACUAGAGAAUGAGCUAUAUGUUUGGCCGGCGACAGAAAUAGGACAUUUGCCGGCAGCAAAGCGACGAGGCUCUGAAGUGCUAAGAUGAACUAUAGAAGGUUUUGUGUAAAUUGAAUUACACUUUCCAACUUAGGCUACACAUGGUUUUGGUAGUCGUCCACUUUCAAUAAGAAUUCAGGAUUCAGUUUUGGGAAUUCUGAUUGCACCGUAUAGGGACGAACUUCGUUCCAGAGUCAUAUAACUCACACGAACAGAAUUAGGCCGGUUUCCAUCAGGGACGGGCCGGUUUGCUGCUUAAAUUAUUGCAUUCAUUCUGAUAAGUGCAAGGAACAAAACUUUAUAUAUGAAAGAAAAAGGCUUCCACUUGCAGACUUGGUCAGGGAAAGCGAGACUAUUGCAGUUGGAAAUUUCGUGGAAGUGUUUGGCCAAUGUCGGCUACUCCUUUCCUUUUCUCUGCGCGCAGAGCUUGGAUAUGCAUUAAGAGGAAACGCCGCGUUUUCUCGUCCAAGAAAGAUGUUUUGGCGGUAAGAAAUAACGAAUUUUUCAACGGGCGUGUUAACUUCCUGCCCCGCUGGAGCCUUUUCUUUGGAUUGUGGUUGUGCUUGACUUGUUAAGUCAAUGCAGACGACCCAGCUCUUCUUCCUCCUCUCGCUUUCCCGGCAACCAAACACCAGAAAGGAAACGCAGAGCCCUUUUUACAGGGCUAUUGAUCGGCCGUUGAUGCAGUCAUUAUCAGACAUUUCAAGACGAAAUAGCAUCUGUGUCAAUGGCGAUGGAGUUCAUACCCAUAGGGACAAUCUUAGCUCUAGUGACGAACCAGGUCGUCAAAACAGCACAAGCAGCAAAGGACAUACUAAUCGAAAAGGAAAGCUUCAAAGUUCUGUCCCAACACCUCUUCGACAUUGAACCUGUGUUGAAGGAGCUCCAGCUUCAAAAGCUCAACGAUUCGCAAGCUGCCAGGUCAGCCCUCGAAACCCUCCAGUCCGAUGUCAAGAAAGCCAGUAACUUGGUGGACAAGUACAAGAACAGAGCCCGGUUCUACUUGCUUCUCAGGUGCAGGCACAUUGUGAACGAGGUGCAACAGGUGACUAGAGAUAUUGGCAGGUCUCUAGCUGCAAUCUCCCUCGCAAACACAGAAGUCCUUGCUGGGAUAUCCAACCAAGUGCAUAGGCUGCAGAACGAGAUGCAACGGGUCCAGCUCGAAGCUUCUCAUUCUCAGCUUCAAAUCGUGGACAAGCUAAACCAAGGCCUUAUAGAUCAGAAGCUCAAUCAAGGUUUUGCCAACGAUAUGCUGGAGGAAAUUGCAAGGGCAGUUGGGGUUCCCGUGGAGCCCUCACAGAUAAGUAGAGAGUUGAGAAGCUUCAAAAGGGAGAAGGAGGAAGCUGCAAACCGGAAAGAGAAGGCUGAGGAGCUUUUUUUGGAGCAAGUCAUUGAGCUUCUCUCGAGAGCUGAUGCUGCUAGGGACUAUGAAGAAGUUGAGAAGCAGUAUUACCAGAGGCUUCAAGUAGUCGAGAGGUAUAACCCCAUGGAAGAAUACAUUACUCCACUGAAUGCUUUCCUUUGUAAGAUUACUAGGACUGUGAUGAUCGAUCCUGUUAGCCUUUGCACUGGUACGACCUGUGAGAGAGCUGCUGUGGAGGCUUGGUUCGACUGUGGAGAAAUCACUGACCCUGAAACAGGUGAGGUUCUUGAAGAUAGGACGUUGAGGCCUAAUCUUCCACUGAGACAGUCAAUAGAGGAAUGGAGAGAACUUAACUAUUGCCUAAGGAUUAGAGCUUGCAAUGCUAAACUGUUGUCAGGAGAUGGUUUACUGAUAGAGCAAGGAUUAAGCCAUAUGCAAAAUCUGUUGAGAGAAAACUCUAUUAACAAGGAUUGGAUCUCCAUAGGAGGGCUGACCGACGAUGUAAUACAAAUACUUGGUCGCUUCCACAGUGAGGAUGUGAAGAGGAAGAUUUUAGUUGCUUUGAAGGACAUUGUAGAGGGGCACUGUCGGAAUAAGGAAAAGGUGGCAAACAGUGAGGGAUGGGAUCAAAUUCUUUCGUGCUUAGCAGGUGUUGAGAGCAUCUCAAAGGCUGCUGUGGAGUUACUCUUUGAGUUGUUGCAGGAUAGGUCUGGUUGGAAUAUCUGUGCUUUGAGGAAACUUUCUGAGCAAGGCAGCUCAAUUCCUUCACUUGUCUCCCUAUUGAAUGGUAUAGAUCAAGAUUCAGCUGUUUGUGCAGACAAAAUAUUGAACCAGCUUUUCGAAAUCGAUGAGGAAAAUCUUCUUCAUGCUGCAAAAGCUGGCUGGUAUAAACCACUAGUGGACCAAAUAGUACAAGGGCCAGAAUCGCUAAGGGUUUCAAUGCUGAAGCCUCUUGUUAGUAUGGAAAUAGUAGAUUCAGAUCUGGAAAUCCUUGGAAGAGAAGGAAUCGUUCCUCCUUUGCUUGAAAUGGUAGCAUCUGGCAACAUUGAAUCAAAAGAUGUAUCCUUGACUGCACUAGUCAAAAUAUCUGCCUGUCAUGCUAAUAAACAGCUCAUUGCUGCCGCUGAUGGGAUUCCUCUCAUUAUCAAACAAAUAUUUUCCCAGCAGACGCGGCCCUUCCUCACCGGCAAAUGCUGUGAAAUCCUUGAAAGACUUUCUUCCAAUGGCGACGGACUUGGUUUCUUUGUGAAUCAGGAUGGGGAUGAAGUUGAUCUAGAACCAACCAUCACCUACUUGUUAACUUUCCAUAUCCCAAACCCAUCCAUUAACAUCCGAAAGCCUGCUUUACGUGCACUUCUAGCUAUAUGCCAGUUGGAUGCUAGCUUGGUGAAGGCUGCUGUUCUCACAUCCAAAGGCCUGUCUAUAGUUCUCCCUCUUCUUGAUGAGACCGACUCAGAGAUCCGGGAAUUGGCCAUCCAAAUUCUCUUUCUAUUCUCCCACCAUGGACCAGAAGGCCUAGUUGAGUACCUUCUCAAGCCUAAAAGGCUUGAAUGUCUAGUGGGGUUUCUAGAGAAAGAUUAUAAACCUGAUGUUCAAAUGGCUGCUGCUGGUCUAUUAGCGAACCUUCCAAAAUCCGAGGUGGGCUUGACAAAGAAGCUGGUUGAGCUGGAGGGAAUCAAUGCACUGAUCAACAUAUUGAGGGGAGAAAAUACAACAAUGGACGCAAAAGAGAAUGCUCUGAGUGCCCUUUUCAGGUUCACUGAUCCCACAAACAUCGAGUCACAACGACUCGUGGUCGAACAAGGAGCCUACGUACUGCUCAUUAACUUGCUUACAACUGGUUCAGUGACUGCUAAAGCAAGAGCAGCUGCACUCAUUGGCGAUCUAUCCACAAGCACUCCAAAGCUUGUUGUUGUUUUCCCCAAAUCACCCUUCUGUUGCUCCUGCUUCGUUCGAAGGCGCCCUAAUCUCUGCCCUUGUCACGGAGGAAUCUGCAGCGUAAAGACCACAUUCUGCCUCAUAGAAGCAAAUGCACUGCCUGGACUGGUGCAGUUGUUGAAGUCACAGGUUCAUGUGAUGGCUCUCGAAGCGGUUCAGGCGCUGUCCACGCUGGUUCAACCUGGAUGCCCGAACCGAGGAGCCAUCGUGUUGCACGAUGCUGAUGCUGUGAAGCCUGUGUUGGAGAUUCUGAACUGGGGGAGUGAUUUGCUGAAGGAGGAAGCACUGGGGUUUCUGGAGAAGGUUUUCGUGUCGAGGGAGAUGGUGGAACAUUAUGGUUCGGUGACUAGGUUGAUGCUUGAUGGUUUUGUUGGUCGGAGUAUUCAUGAGAAUGGUCGGUUGGGGAGGAAGGCUGCUACCGUUUUGGCACGUCUUGAACGGUCUUCGAGAAUGUCUUCUUCCCUUUUGCCUGGAUUGUUUGGGUCAGGAGCUCUGUAAUGGCUAGAUUGUAAGGAUUUGCUAACAAAUUCUCUGCAGAACUGUACUAUGUUUAGUUAGUAUGUACUAUAAACUUGUAUAUGCAGAGUUGUACAUAUGCUUCUGUCUGGCAAGGGACACAACACACAACAACACAAGUUUAAAUGAGUUUAAGGUGGCCUUGUGCUGCCUUGUCCAAGAAAACCUUUGUAGUGAAUUUUUUCUUCGAAGAAAUAGCCUUUAGUUGCUUUUUG